AAUAAAACUUAAAGAAGAACCCUGAGUGGGACCCGAGGUGUUGUUGAUCCUACCUGCAGUAACGCUCGCUGAGGGCUGUUGCAUCUUUACUACGCCGUGAACGGGAAGACUACUGCUACAACCCUACCAAGGAGUCAUUCGACGCACUGUGAAGUGCUCCGACCGUCGGACACCCUGCCCUCUUUACUUGCCAGUGUGCAGCUCCAUUGUGGAGUCCCAGCAAGUGGCGGGGGAGGCUGAGGCAGCCUGAAGUAGAGGGCACUGUGCUAGCAGGGCCAUGAGCACCACUGGGUACCAGCAGCAGCAGGGGGGUGUUCGGACACGCCGAGGCCCAGUCAAGGAGAGGGAUCCUGGGCAGGGUGUUGGCAUGGAGGCGGCCUGCUGGCUGGCCCCUGGAGCCCUGCGCAGGCUGAUUGAGCUGCCCACUCCCCCACUCGACCGCCAACAGCUGAAGAGACUGGAGGAACACAGGUACAGCAGUGCAGGUCACUCCCUGCUGGAGCCUCUGAUGCAGUGCUACUGGGAGUGGCUGGUGGGCCAUGUGCCCACCUGGAUUGCCCCCAACCUCAUCACCAUCGUGGGCCUGGCCACCAACGUAUUCACCACCCUGGUGCUGGUCUACUACUGCCCCACUGCCACUGAACAGGCACCGCUGUGGGCAUACCUGCUGUGUGCGGUGGGCCUGUUUGUGUACCAAUCACUGGAUGCCAUUGAUGGGAAGCAGGCCAGACGAACUAAUAGCAGCUCUCCGCUGGGUGAACUGUUUGACCACGGCUGUGACUCCCUCUCCACAGUGUUUGUGGUCCUGGGCACCAGUAUAGCAGUGCAGCUGGGCACCAACCCUGACUGGAUGUUCUUCUGCUGUUUCGCUGGCAUGUUCAUGUUCUACUGUGCCCACUGGCAGACAUACGUCUCCGGCACCCUGCGCUUCGGCAUCAUUGAUGUGACUGAGGUGCAACUCUUCAUUAUAAUGAUGUAUUUGCUGGCCGCCGUGGGAGGAUCCGCUUUUUGGCAGUCACUGAUCCCAGUCAUAAACAUCCAGAUGAAAAUAGUUCCAGCCAUCUGCACUUUCUUAGGGGCUAUCUUUUCCUGUACUAAUUACUUCCGGGUUAUAUUUACCGGAGGUGUGGGCAAAAAUGGAUCCACAAUAGCAGGAACCAGUGUCCUAUCUCCUGUGUUACAUAUAGGCUCAGUAAUAAUACUGGCCAUGAUGAUCUAUAAGAAGUCCGCUAUCCAGCUCUUUGAGAAGCACCCCUGUGUUUAUAUCCUGGCCUUUGGCUUCGUGUCGGCCAAGAUCACCAACAAAUUAGUUGUAGCACAUAUGACAAAGAGUGAGAUGCAUCUACAUGAUAUAGCAUUCCUGGGGCCAGGCCUGCUGUUCCUGGACCAGUAUUUCAACAGUUUUAUUGAUGAAUACCUGGUGCUGUGGAUUGCACUGAUCCUGUCUUUCGUUGACUUGGUGCGUUACUGUGUCAGUGUUUGCAACCAGAUCGCCUCCCAUCUUCACAUCUUUGUCUUCCGAAUAAAGCCACUGACCCCCUCCACCCUUCAGUGAGGGCACGGACGCCAUUGCUGUCUAUCGCUCUUUCUUUCUUUCUUUCGCUCUCUCUUCAUGUUAGUUAGUAAGUUGUUGCUCUUUCACCAUUUUUUGUAUUUGUUGAGGCAGGGUUGGGGUGGAUGUGUGUGAAGCUAUGAUGUGGGUGGAGCUAUUACCAGUAGAGGUGCUGGCAAGUGAAUGUGGGCAUAAAUGAAAUAUAAUGAGUUAAUAAUAAUGAUGAUAAUAA